AUGCUUUACUACGAAUUCGACGACCUCCUCCCCGCGAACUCUUCCCAAAAGCUUCUCGACCUCUACCCAACCAGCCUCCGUAGCGAAAUCGACACUUCAAAUGAGUGGAUCUACAACGAUGUCAACAACGGUGUCUACAAGUCCGGCUUCGCAACCACACAAGAAGCCUACCAGAAGAACGUGACAACGCUCUUCUCCUCCCUCGACAAGAUCGAAGCCCACCUUCAGAGCAAUGCCUCGCCGUACUUCUUCGGUUCAGCGCUCACCGAAGCGGAUAUCAGGCUUUUUACGACCAUCGUGCGGUUUGACCCUGUGUCCGGGUAUCCCGCUAUUCAUCGCUGGUUGAGGAAUUUGUAUUGGGACAUUCCGGCGUUCCGGGAGACGACGGAGUUCGAGCAUAUCAAGUUCCAUUAUACGAAGAGUCAUACGCAGAUUAAUCAGUUCGCGAUUACGCCUGUUGGGCCGGUGCCGGAUAUCUUGCCAAAGGAUGAAGAGGUUAGGGCUGCUGCUGCUGUGAAGAAAUAG